AUGGGCGCUGCUCGGCACUGCUGGCCGUUCCUGCUGUUACUGCUGGCAGCGGCUUGGGGACCGUGUUUCCCAGGGACGCUCCGCUCCUCACAGCGGCGGUGGCCGGUGCCUUACAGGCGCUUUGAUUACCGCCCAAAAACUGAUCCUUACUGCCAGGCUCGUUACACCUUCUGUCCCACUGGCUCCGCCAUUCCAGUUAUGAAGGAGGAGGAUGUCAUCGAAGUGUAUCGAUUACAGGCUCCAGUAUGGGAAUUCAAAUAUGGGGACCUACUAGGGCAUUUGAAAAUUAUGCAUGAUGCUGUGGGCUUCAAGAGCUCUCUAACGGGCAAAAACUACACGAUGGAGUGGUAUGAGCUCUUCCAACUUGGGAACUGCACUUUUCCCCAUCUCCGGCCUGGUAUGGAUGCACCAUUCUGGUGUAAUCAGGGAGCUGCCUGCUUUUAUGAAGGAAUAGAUGAUGCUCACUGGAAGGAAAAUGGAACUUUAGUUCUUGUGACCACAAUAUCAGGAACCAUGUUUAAUGAAAUGGCAAAAUGGGUCAAAUACGACAACGAGACUGGCAUUUACUAUGAGACCUGGACAGUUCAAGCAAGUCCUGACAAACAAUCAGUAGUAUGGUUUGACUCUUACGAGUGCUCUAAAUUUAUCCUGAGAACAUACCAAAAGCUUGCUGAUUUAGGAGCUGUGUUUAAGAAGAUAGAAACAAACUAUACAAGCAUCAUUUUAUUCAGUGGAGAACCAGUUUAUUUGGGAAAUGAGACAUCUAUUUUUGGACCACAGGGAAACAAGACCUUGGCAGCAGCUAUAAGAGACUUCUACUAUCCAUUCAAACCUCAUCGGACAAUCAGAGAGUUUAUUGUGGACCUCAUAAAAAUAAUUGAUCGUGUCAUCUUGAAUCAUCAGUUUUACCUCUUUUACAACUUGGAAUACUGGUUUUUACCUAUGAAGUUCCCUUAUCUCAAAAUAAUUUAUGAAGAGGUUCCUUUACCUACGGGAAGCAAAACAUCCUUUGGUGUGUAAUUGCUUACUGAAGAAUCAGACGUGCCCUUAUGUCAGAAUAUCUGUAAGGACUUUGGUAUGAUGGUGUUGAAGUGGUGAAUGUUUCACUGCUAACUGUCAAAGCACUCUUGGGAAGGCUUUGCUAGAUCACAUCUAAGACUUUUGCCUUUUUUCUAUUACUUGUAUAACACAUUAUUGAAUGCUUUAGCAUUUCUGACUUGGCCAGCUUCUGUGGACACCUGCUGCCUGAAGGCAGGUUGAUGUGACUCCUCUCAGCUUAACUCUGCAGUGCCAGACAGUGAAUGAGAGGCAGCUUGCCUGCUCUGGUUUCAGUGCUCUCCACCUAUGCAGCCAUCUGGCAAGAACCAUGCCACCUGGCCACCAACAGACAUGGAACAGAAGCUUUACAAAGAUCUUCUGGUUUGGCCAAUGCACCUAAUCCAAGUAUCGGAGCUAGCAAAUCUGUUUGCCUAGAUGUGCCUGAUUCCUUCAACAUGUGC